UGGGUGUGGGUCUCGCUAUAGUUGUUCCCUGCAUUGACACCCACACCCACACCCUUUUUCUUUGCUUUUCAUUAAACAAAAAAAAAGAAAAUAUCCAAAUAAAAAUUUUUGUUUUGUAGAAACGACUAUUUUUAAAUUAAGCAAAUAUAAUAUUUACAAUAGAAAUGUCGACAAAAGUAAUAGCAAGCAGAACUAGUAUCACAUGCCUAUUUACGUAGUGGAUGGUUCUCUUGUUAUUGCAUCAAUUAUUGAUCUUGAUACAAUUUUUUAUUUGAAUAUUUGUUUAUUUAUAGUUAUUAGUUGAGCACCUGGUGUUAAACUUGUGGUAAAAACAUUACUUUCAUCAUUACGAACGAUUGAUUAUAUUGUUGUUUUAUGUUUUACUUUUUUUAUUUUUAUUAUAUUUAGUAUACUUAACGUAUUUUGUUUUUUCUAUAAAUCAUAAUCAAUUCUAUAUUUUCCGUAAAAUAAAAAAGAUUCGAUUUAUUAGAAAUAUAAUUUUGAUUAAUUUGUAAAAGAAAAUUGAAUAUAGUUUCGUUGAUGUCAAUAUUGUCUUUUUUAUAUUAUGAUCAAUAAGUAAAUAAUUUAGUCCUAAGACAAGAUGAUCGAAUAUAUUUUUAUUUUAAUCACAGAAAACAGUAUUAGUUUAUAAAUAGAUAUGAAAAGUGAUCAAUAAAUUUUUGACUGAUAUUUGUUGAAUCUUUUGGAAAUCUAAACAAUUUGUGUUUAAUAUUUAACUAAUAACAAAAAUGAGAAGAGAUUUUAUAUCAAUAACUGAAUAAAUUCAAUUUUUUUAAUUCAAAACAUUUAAUUAGUUAUAUCGAAUUUGAAAAUGAAAAUCGAAAACAAAAAAAUCUUAAUUCGAAAGUUAAUAAUAAUAAUAUUGAUUCUCUAUAUCGAAAAUUUCUUAUUGAUUUAAAUAUAUCGCUCGUAACUGUGUUAAGCUUUUAUUUUCGAUAUUUUUCAUUAGUUUCUAUUAAUAUAAGAUAUAACGUCAUAUUAUUUAUAAUGUAUAUUAAUAAUAAUGAGAGAUUAAUAUAUUAUUUAUUUAUUAAGUUAUUCAAUGGAAAGGUUUAUUAGCUUAAUAAUAUAACAAGAUAACAACAAUGUCAAUCACUGGAAAAAUUAACAAUAUAAUUUUGAUAAUUUAGGUCAAGUAUAUUUUAUUGAAUAAAUCUAUAUGAAUAUAUAUAACUAAUGACAUUAUUUAUAUCAUUAUCACAAGAUGGCUAGGUACAAAUAAUGUAUAAUAAUAUUGAUGUUGUUGAUGUUGAUAUACAAUCAAUAAGAAAUUAUAAUGAAGCUAAAUUAGUUUAUUUCAUAUCAUUUUUAUUACUUGUUACUUUUUUUUUAUAAUGAAUAUUGUUACCAAGUCAUUUGAAUUUUUAUUUAAUGCCACCGGUAUUCUUUUUCUUUUCAAUUAUUAAACAUUUUAUAGACUCUUGAUUAUUAUAAUUAUGUAUUUACAACUGCUUUUAUUAUUGAAUCAAUAUCAAAGAUUAUUGCUCUUAGAUCAUUAUGUUAUUUUAUAGAUACGUAUUUUAUUAGAAAAGAAAAAAAGAUUUAUUUUUAAUAUAAAUCAACUUUAGUUACAUUAACAAUAGGUGAAAUGUUUUUAGACAAAAAAUGAAUAGUGGGCAUAUACUUUCUAUUAAUUCAACUCUUACAUAUGUUUUGAGAGUAUUCAGAAUUGCAUGAGGUUAGAUUCUUUUUCGAUUCUUUUUAUCGAAGAUUUUAUCAUUCUUCUUACAUUCUAUUUGAUCAAUUUUUGAAAAUUUCAUACUUCUAUUUUAAUUAAUAAAUUCAUAACGAAUACAUUUACAAAAACGACUUUCUUUGUAACAAAUAAAAAAACUUUAAAAUUUAAAAAAAAUUGUUUUUCAACACUGAAGUCUCAGUUAUUUACUCCUCGAAGAAACCAUAAAGGAUAUUUGAUAAGUAAGCAGUAUAUUGUACUAAGUUUUUUUAUGUGUUUAACAUCAUUAUAGAUAUACAUAUGAAGUAAAUAGUUAGGAAAAAAUUUGAAGAAUUAUUUAAAUUUUUAUGUCAAAUAUUUAAAAAAAAAAAGUUGAAUUGAGAGAAGAAUCUUGAAUAGUUACAAUAAAAUAAUUGAAGAUAUUUAUCAUUAAAAUUUAUUUAAACAUUACAGAAAAUUCUUUGUUAUGAAUUUUUGAAAACAAAACAAAUAUCUAAAUGAAAAUUUGAAUUAUUUGAAGAUCUUUUUUCUUUUUCUUCAUGUUUGCUGCACUUGAUGUCGAAUUAUUUGGAAAAUUAGAAUUUAGUGAACAACAUUCAUGUACUGGACUUGAUAAACAUACCUUUUUUUAAUAAUUAUUUCGUAUUGUAACUGAUAAUAAUUGGAAUGGAAUAAUAAAAGUUAGACUUUUUUCUUUUUAAUUAUUAUUUUUUAAUAUAAACAAGGAUACAUUUCGUCAAGAUGAUUCCUCACAUGGUGGGAAAAAAAUCAUUUAAUAAUAGAAUGUGGAUGGAUUGCUGUUUUAGUGAAAAAAAACUGAUGUAAUUUAAUUAAAUAAAAUAAAUAUUAACAAAUUUUAAAUAUUUAUUUUAAUUUAGAAAUCAAAUUGAAUGAUGUUUUAUGAUACGGAAAUAGAUAAAGAAAUUGAACGAGUAUUAGAAGCUGAUGCAUAUGAUAGAGAUUAUCUUGAACAACGAUUAAUUGAUGAUAAAGAACUUGAUGAAUACAUAUUUAUAUUUAUAUUUAGUUAA